AUCAUAUUAGCAGAAACAUCAGUUGUGUGGCUAUGUAAAAAUUAAUUGGAAUUUCUAAAAACAAUAUUAAUAGUUUAAUAUAUGUAUAAAAAUGAUAGUAAAAUAACAUUUACAAAACAUCUUUACUUCAAGAAACAUUGUGAGCAUAAUAACUUUGAGAUUUAAUAUCAGUGGACGAACAAAUAUAAGCAUAACCUGGAAUUCCAUAUUUCUCACUUUACAUGAAUUAUUAUUAUCAAUAAUUGUGUAAAAAGAAAAUUUUUCUAACCUGCAAUUCUUCAGAUAAGAAAUAUGUUUUCAAUCAAUUUGGUAACUUUAGAUAGUUAUCAGUCAAUUCCACUAUUAGGAGUAGAUGUAACAUUUUCAGACUUUCGAGGAAAUGAAAUUAGGCAAGUCCCAGUUAUCAGGAUAUUUGGAUCUACUCCUUCUGGAACAAAAACAUGUUUACAUAUACAUGGAGUAUUUCCAUAUAUGUACAUACCAUGUACAAUAAAUGAUAAUGUUAAUAGUUACAUGUACAAAUUGGCAGCAGCAAUAGAUUCUGCAAUAAAUGUAUCUUUGGGAUCUGCAAUAUCUAAUACUCAGCAUGUUUAUAAAAUUCAACAAGUUUCUGGAAUUCCUUUUUACGGAUAUCAUGAAAAGGAACAUUUGUUUCUAAAAAUUUACUUUUACAAUCCAGCUAUGAUCAAACGAGCAGCUGAUUUAUUACAAAAUGGAGUAAUAUUUGGUCAAAGUUUACAACCACAUGAAGCACAUAUACCUUUUAUUUUGCAAUUUAUGAUUGAUUAUAAUCUAUAUGGUAUGAGUUUAAUAAACUUAAAAGAUGUUAAAUUUAGACAAUGCAUACAUACAAAAUUAGAAGAAAACUCAGAAAAUGAGAGUCCAUUAAAUUUAUUUGAUUCACAAAAAUACCUCCCAGCAUUUAUUGUUAAACAAAGCACCUGCAAAUUAGAAGUAGAUGCACAAGCAUGUGAAAUACUCAAUAGACAAGAAAUUCAGAAUGAUUUGGAUUUAAAUCCUGGUAUUGCAGCCAUUUGGAAUGAAGAAAGACAUAGAAGAGAAGCAAAAGAUUUAGAGAAUGUUGAAUCACAAUUUUUGUAUUCUAAUACUAGUAACAGAAUUUAUGAUUUAACAGAGAAUGAUAUUUAUCAAGAAGAAAGAUUAAGGAAAAAAUUGCAGUCUAUAUCACAGAUUAGUGAAGAUAUAACUUCAAAAACAUCAAAAAUACACAGUUAUCCUUUAGAAGUGGAUGAUGAAAAUAACUCAUUUAGUGCUUCAUAUGUUCCAAAUCAUUUUAAAUCACUAAUGCUAAAUAAAGAAACUAAAGAUGAAACGUUUUUAAAUAAUAGUUUAUUAGAAUUUGAUAACUUUGAGAUAAAAGAAAAUUUACCUCAAGAUAAAACAAUAGAAAAUACUAUUUUGGACUCUGAAGAUAUGUAUUUGGUUGAAAUAUUGGCUGAUUUAAGAGAAGAAAAUGAAGAAGAGAAAAUUAUAGAUAACGAUAGCAUGUUAGGUUCUCAAUUUUCUAUGUUGAAUAAUGAAAUUAAAGUGGAUAAUGAAGAUGAUGAAAUUGAAGAUUUGAACAUUACAAGUUUAGAUUUGAGCCUUAGUUCGUGGAACUCAAUUAUCACUGAAAUUGAAAGUAAGAUGACAGAAGAUAACAAACAAACAAAUGAUAUAACUGAACAUAAUACUGAAAGUACUUCUUCAAGAGAUGUUCCUCAGUAUGAUGGCUCAAGCGAUUUAGUUUUAAAAAAUGAAGAGCAAUUAAUAUGGCAGCUUACUAGAAAUAAAAUAAAGGAGGGAAAAAAAGCAUGUACAAAAUUGGAUAAAUUUGCACUACAUUUCAAUAGUAAUAUGAUAUUAAAUGAAUUAAAAUUUAUAAAUAUUCCAAUAAAUCUUAAUCUUUUACAAAAUCAGUUAAUGAUUCCGCAAGGAACUAUAUUUGAUAUUAAAUUAUCUAAACAUUUUACAUUUUAUCAGGAACAAAAUCGAGAAUUUGAAAGUAAACGUAGAAAAACGUCACAAACUACUGAAAAAAAGUUGUCGUAUUAUAAAGAUAUAAAUAUUUAUAAAUUAGAUCACAAAGAUUUAGAUGUUUAUGAUAUAGAUGAGAUCGAAUAUACAUUACAUAAGUGUAAACAUUUAAAAAAUUCAAUAGAUUUUGAAAACAAUCCUAAUGAAUCGUAUAUCAGGAAUAGUGUUUCAAAUAAAUUAAACAUACCUGCACUUGAUGGUAAUGCUGAUAAUAGCUCCAGUGAUUCUGAGGUAGAUCAGGAUACUACCAUUAACAAGGAAGAAAAGCGCAUUUGUGUUUAUAAGCCAAAUACAAAAUUUAAAAGUGACAAGGGUGUGGUUAAUAUUUCACUGAUAAAACGAAGGAUUGAAUUGGAAGAUUCUAAUUUGCAAUCUCCUUAUAAGCGACGUAAUACCAUUGGAAAUUAUUUAUCAAAUGAACCAUAUCCUAUCCCAACUAAAGCAAAAUUGGUACAUAGUCCAUGUUCUGUCUCAAAAAAAUAUUCUUCGCUUGAUAUAAAAAUAGUGUCUCCAAAAAUAGAUAAAAAUAUUAGAAAUAAUGAAUCUUGUAGUUCAGAAUCUAGUUAUGAUACUUUGAAACGAAAUAAUCAACAUUUAUUUCGUGAUAAAAUAGAUAAUUUAGCUUUAGAGGAAAAUCAAACAUUCUUUACACAUAAUGAAACUUCAAAUAUUAGCAAAACAGGCUCAGUUAUUCUUAAACACAAAGACAGUAGUUCAAAUGUACAUGAAGAGUCAAUUAAUUUUGAUAAAGAAGAUAAUGUAUCAAAAACAAAUUUUGAAACACAAAUUAUUCUUAAAAAUAACAAACAGAUUUGUAAAAAAUUAAGUUUUAUGAAUAUUAAUAAUAAAGAAAUUAGUUCUGUAAAGGAUAAUAUAUAUUUCGAAAACUUAUCUCUAACAAAAGAAAUCAUAGAUAAUAUACAUAAAAGCAAUAAUUCCAUUAGCAUUUCCACAAUGAAUUCUAAAUGUCAUGGAAAUUCUAUAAAACUACACACAAGAGAGAAUGAGAAAGUCAAUUAUGAAUAUAAUUUACCAAGUACAUCCAGAGAUAAUGUCAAUUUGUACUUAGACAAUACUUCAGACCAAAUGUCAUUAAUACAUAAAAAUAUAGAUGAAGAUGAAGAUGAAGAAGACGUUUGUAAUAUGACAUAUACACAAUACCUUAAUGGAAAAUUAGAAUCAGAAUCAAAUACCCCAAAUAUCAUGGCACUAAAAGAUAUAAGUGGUAUAGAAACUAAGUUGAUUACUAUUACAAGUAAAUUUAAUUCACCAAGCAGAGAAAGAAUCAUAAACUCUAUGAAGAUGUAUGAUAUUUUAGAAUCAAAAUUCAAUUCAUUAUUUUUCAGCAACAAAAUUGAUUUGAUAAAAUUUAAGCAAAGAAAAAAUUUAAGUAAUAAUAUUUACAAAGUAAUUCCAUUUAAAUGUAGUUUAGAUAGAGUUACGGGUAUUAAACUCUGGCGUCGAGUACGAAUAAAUGAGUUUUAUCCUUCUGGAUCAAGUAUAAAAUCUUGCAAUAUAAAGAGAGUUCUUGCAGGGUACAAUACGUUAAUAAUUCAUCCUCUUAUUCAGCCACCAACAUCGAAAAAUGUUAAAACUUGGUUACAAGCUAAAAAGUAUUUAUCAAAGAAGAACAAUAAUAAUGAAGUAAAAGAUAAUAUUGAUUUUCCAAGAGAUAUAAAAGAAAGCAAUAUUCUCAACAAAAUACUUGCUAAUAAUCUAUAUAUGAAAUCACAAUGUUCUGGCAGUUCAGAGCAUUCAAGCAAAUCUAAUAAUAGUUUUAAUUCUUCUUUACAAAAAAUGCUUGAAAAUCCAUUAUUAUACAAGAAUAAUGAUACACCACAAUAUCUAGGUAUUUCAUAUGGACAAAUUGAAUAUACUCUAAAAGGCCAUAGUAAUAAUAUUGAAAAUGAAAAUCGUCAAAAUGCCAAAGGCCUAACUGUGCAUCAAUAUCUGACAAUAUUAGCAGUAGAAAUACACGUUAUUACACGUGAUAAAUUUCUCCCUGAUCCAAAUCAUGAUCCAAUUGGAGCAAUAUUCUAUGCUAUUCAUAAUGAUGUUCCAUUAUCUUCAAAAAUUGAACAAAUAGAGCAUGGUGCUAUUCUUGUAAGUUCAUUAACCCAAAAUACAAAAGUAAAAAAUAUACAUUCAGCUAAUACAUGUACUACAUCAUAUGUAUCUACUGAAGAGGAUUUACUAAAUAGUCUUAUAAUAUUAGUUAGGCAUUGUGAUCCAGAUAUUUUAAUUGGUUGGGAGGUUGAGUCUCUUUCAUGGGGAUAUAUCUUUCAUAGAGCUUCUCAUAUUGGUCUAAAAGAUUUUAUGUGGCAAAUUUCAAGAAUUCCAACUGCCCCUCCAAUAUCUAAAGGACAAGCAUCUGAUAAAGAUAAUUUCAGUGAUGCAAAAAUCUCAGGUCGAAUUAUCCUUGAUGUUUGGAGAAUAAUAAGACAUGAAAUAGCAUUAUUAAAUUAUACAUUUGAGAACGUUAUGUAUCAUGUAAUGCGUGAAAGAGUGUCAUGUCCUACUUUUCAGAUUUUAACUAAUUGGUGGAACCAUAAAAGUGUAACAAUACGAUGGAGAGUUAUUACUCAUUAUGUCAUACGAAUUGUGGGUACAUUGAGAAUAUUAAUCCAUCUUGAUAUUAUUGGUCGAACUUGUGAACAUGCACGACUUUUCGGAAUACAAUUUUAUGAAGUUUUUUCAAGAGGUUCUCAGUUUCGAGUUGAAUCAAUGAUGUUGAGGCUUGCAAAACCUUUGAAUUAUAUUUCAGUUUCACCCUCUAUACAACAAAGAGCCCGAAUGCGCGCACCUGAAUCUUUACCACUUAUUAUGGAACCACAAUCCACAUUAUACACUGAUCCGUUAAUUGUCCUGGAUUUUCAAAGUUUAUAUCCAAGCAUUAUUAUUGCUUAUAACUAUUGCUUCUCUACAUGUUUAGGUCGUGUAGAGCACAUUGGCCAUUAUGAACCAUAUGAGUUUGGUGCAACUACAUUAAAAAUAAAAAAAGAUACUGCUAAGAAACUAUUUGGAAAAAUAAAUUUUGCACCCUGUGGUGUAGCUUUUGUAAAACCAGAAAUAAGAAUGGGAAUAUUACCGCGUAUGCUUACAGAAAUUUUAAAUACUCGAUUAAUGGUAAAAAAGUCUAUGAAACUUCAUGGGAAUGAAAAUCACGCAUUACAACGUAUUCUUCAUUCACAACAAUUAGGGCUUAAGUUAAUUGCAAAUGUUACUUAUGGUUAUACAGCUGCUAAUUUUAGUGGCAGAAUGCCUUGUAUUGAAAUAGGGGACAGUGUUGUUAGUAAAGGAAGGGAAACAUUAGAACGAGCGAUUAAAAUAGUAGAAUCUACACCUAAAUGGGGAGCUGAAGUUGUUUAUGGUGAUACAGAUUCGUUAUUUAUUCUUUUACGUAGAAAAUCAAAAGAAGAGGCGUUUUCAAUAGGAGCUGAAAUUGCUGAUACUGUUACUGCAGCUAAUCCUCCUCCUGUAAAACUUAAAUUUGAGAAAGUUUUGCAACCAUCAAUAUUACAAACUAAAAAAAGAUACUGUGGUUAUAUGUAUGAGUCUCCAGAACAGAAAGAACCUGAAUAUUUAGCAAAAGGUAUUGAAACUGUUCGUAGAGAUGGUUGUCCAGCUGUAACUAAGAUACUUGAGAAAACAUUGAAAAUCCUAUUUGAUACAAAGGAUCUCUCUUUAGUAAAACAAUAUGUUACUAGACAAUUUGAUAAAAUUUUACGUAAAAGAAUAUCAAUUCAAGAUUUAACAUUUGCAAAGGAAUUUCGUGGUUUGAAUGGUUACAAAAUCAGUGCUUGUGUACCUGCAUUGGAGUUAACACGAAGAUUGAUGCGCAAAGAUCCACGGGCGAUACCUCGUACUGGUGAAAGAGUACGAUAUAUUAUAGUGGCUGGAGCCCCAAAUCAGCCACUAAUUCAGUGUGUACGAACUCCAACAGAAGUAAUUUUAGAUGAAAGUUUAAGUCCAAAUUCGAUAUACUACAUAACAAAAGUUAUUAUACCACCACUUAAUCGGUGUUUAAAUUUAGUCAACGUUGAUGCUAAUACAUGGUAUACAGAAAUGAUCCAUCGCCAAACACCUGAUAAAAUAGUUAAUUUAUGUGCGAACAAUCAAAAGCUAACUAUUCGACAAUUUUUUAAUACUGUUAUAUGUGCUGUUUGUGAAAAUCAAACGCAAAAAGAUAUUUGUAUGAAUUGCAUGUCAAAGCCAAGUCAAACAAUUACUAUUCUACAUGAAAAGUUAAGGUGGUUAGAACGUACUCAUCACGAACUUACUAUGAUAUGUCAGUCUUGUACUGGCUACUUGGAUGAUCCGAAAUGUGAAUCUUUAGAUUGCCCGGUUUUAUAUCGAUUGAUGCAAGCUCGAAGAGAUCUCGUCCAAAUACCUUAUUUAAAUAAUAUUAUUCGCAAUAUGUAAUGGUAUUUUCUAUAUAAAAAGAAAAAUCAUGAAAUAGUGAUUUUUAUCCAAUA